AUAUAUUAGAAUACUAGUUGCCUGUCGAAGAAGACGUCUUCAAACUUUACUUGUUUUGCUUUUGGACUGAAUGAUCUUCAAUCUUGAACUUCCAAGGCAAAUGAGCCGAGGUUGACAAAUAUAAAGAACUGGAAAUCUCGUUGUUUCAACCUAUCCUUGUAAACGGAUCGAAAAGAGUUGCUAAUUGGCCAACACACGAAGCUGCUUAUAACUGCAAGUAGGUUAUCAUGGAAUACGGCAGUUUAGAAAGCAUCAAAGCUACUUUAUUUUCUUGUGCGACUGGAAAGGUUUGACAGAGCUUCUGACGUCUUCGAUCAACUCGGUUAUUUAUCCUAAACACGACGAGAGGAAGCAAGCGACGUUCAACCGAUAGCAUCAAAGAUAUCACUCCUGUGAGCUGGUAUCUGGGAUAAUUUGGCUUUCUCUACGACAACUCGCCCAAGGAGCAAGAGUUCUAGCACCAAUAAAGACCACUCCUCAUUCCCCUAGAAUGACGCACGUGAGAAGACACACAUAGGUACGACUAAAAUAUAAAAAAAAUAUUCUCAAAAGAAUGACACGUGGUUUGAAAUUGGAAUACAUUACGUCCAAGAUGUUUUAAUAUCAAAGGGUUUCCACACAUGGAUGAUUGAAUGGUCUUAGCACUUAUUUCCUUAAGUCGACAAAUAUAUCGUUCAGAAUUUAUUGCCAAGGGCUUCCUAAUACUUGAGAUUUGAAGGUCUAUCAAAUUGUCAUCAUGAAGACAAAUUCAACUCCUUCCUCCUCAACGCAUCGAGUCGAGGACUUUGACUUCACAUUCAAGCUGGUGUCCACAUUCUUCCUCAUAAUCAUCAUCAUCCUUACUUUAAUAGGCAACACAUUCGUCAUUUGCGCCUUCGCAAUGUUCCGUAAAUUACGUAGCGUAACGAACCACUUCGUAGUUUCACUAGCCUUCACAGAUCUCCUUGUAGCUGUGUUUUCAAUGCCUGUUUGGGCGGCGUAUCUGUUAACUGGACCAGAAUGGAUUUACCCAAUGUGGUUAAGAAAGAUAUGGGCCUGUAUGGACAUUCUAUGUGGUGUAGCGUCGAUACUACAUUUAUCUUUCAUCAGUGUUGAACGAUACAAAUGUAUAUCAUCGCCGCUCAAAUACCACGAAAUAAUAACCGCAUUUAAAACAAGAGUAGCUAUUGCUGUUAUCUGGGUCUUUUCGUUUACAAUGGCGAUGAUUAAGUUUAUUAUAUGGGGGUAUCCACCGCCUGCGUAUCAGCUGUCUGCCUUCAUCUUGUGCUUCGUCUUACCUACGUUUGUCAUGAGUUGUGCCUAUAUUCUAAUUUUCAAGGUGUCUCGUACACAAGCUAAAAAGAUGACCAUGACAAUCAAGGGGAAAUCCAAAAGGUUCUGUUUACCAAAAGAGUUAAAAGCAGCCAAGACUCUUGCAGUCGUCAUGGGAGCCUUUCUUUUCUGCUGGUUUCCCUUCUUCCUUAUCAACGUCAUCUUUGCUGUCUGUAGAACAUGCCCAAUCGUGGACAAUAAAGCAAUAAUGCUGACCAAGUGGCUGCACUACCUCAAUUCAGUCCUCAACCCUAUCAUCUACAGUUGCAUGACCAGAGACUUUCGUAAUGCAUUCAAAAAGCUUGGAUUAUGUGCUGUUCAAAAGGUCAUGGGACGAUACUCGCAAUUAGAAAGAGGACUUUCCCUAUCAUUUACACGUGGACGAACGUCGUCGCGUGGGUUACCUGACGUGCACUCAUGAAAAAUCUAUCUAUUUGACUAUAUAUCCUAUCAGCACCAUCAAGACCUAUGGGAAGCCAUUUCAGUGCUACGGCACGUCGUACCGUGUACGUGCUGUAAGUCAGUACCGCAUGUUUCCCUCUCUUGAUAACCAUUCGUAUGGCAAGCCAUUUCAAUGCUACGGCAUGUCGUACCGUGUACGUACUGUAAGCCAGUACCGUAUGUUUUCAACUCAUACGAUAACCUUCUUAUGGGAAGCCAUUUCAAUGUUAUGACAUAUCGUAUCGUGUACGUGCUGUAAGUCAGUACCGUAUAUUUCCCACUCAUGAUAACCUUCUUAUGGGAAGCCAUUUCAAUGUUACGACAUAUCGUAUCGUGUACGUGCUGUAAGUCAGUACCGUAUAUUUCCCACUCAUGAUAACCAUUCUUAUGGGAAGCCAUUUCAAUGUUA